AUGACGCCUCCGAAUCCCCUCGCUGACUGGGAAAGAGUUGGAGACCAGUUCUAUAGAAAGUCCCGGAUCUAUGACGCCGUUUUUGAUGAAGAUGUUGAGUUAGAGAAUUAUAUUGCCGUAGGUGCUCCUUACGGUGGCGCUAUAGCUCUCCAUCGGGACGAAAGAAGGCUGCAACGAUACAGAGAUGCUCAAACAUCGAAGUCAAGCAUUGACAUCUAUUCAUACUCAGGACAACGUAUAUGUCGAAUAAAUUGGGAUCAUGGGUCCAUUCGAGGCCUAGGAUGGUCCGAGGACGAGAGAUUGCUAGCCGUCACUGAAGACGGUACGGUCCGUUGCUACUAUGGCCUCAGCGGGGACUUUACUCCGUUCUCAUUAGGAUCCAUGGCGGAGGAGUAUGGCGUAGUUGGGUGUCGAUUUUGGUCUGCCGGGUUUGUUGCUUUGCUAUCAAAUAACCAACUUGUUGCAGUAUCACAUUAUGAUGAGCCGCGCCCGAAGUUGCUAGCUCAAUCUCCAGAAGGCGAGAUUAAUUCAUGGUCAUUGAUUCCACCCACGUAUACCCUUUCCAGGUCGGUUGAGGUCUUGCUUGCAAUAGACAAAUCUAUAUAUGUUGUGGAUGCAGCAGACUCUGAGGACCGCAUGCUACAAAAUGGGCCCUUUAAGCACGUUAGUGUGUCACCGAAUGGACUUUUUGUGGCCUUGUUUACUGGGGACGGAAAACUAUGGGUCGUCAGCAGCGAUUUCCAGAACAAGUUCAGUGAAUAUGAUUCUCAUGCUAAAACGCCUCCUGGUUCCGUGACUUGGUGUGGGAACGAUGCUGUUGUUCUUGCCUGGGAAGAUGAAGUUCAUGUGGUUGGACCAAAUGGUGCUUCGGUGAAGCACUUUUAUGAUGGUCAAAUCCACAUAAUUCCUGAUAUUGAUGGAAUCAGAAUUUUAACAAAUGAUGUGUGCGAGUUUCUGCAUAAAGUACCGGAUGCCACUGAGGAAGUCUUCCGGCUUGGGUCAAGUGCGCCAGCUUCGGUUUUACUUGACUCUGUUGAGCAGCUUGAGAAGAAAUCACCCGCCGCGGAUGAAAAUAUCCAGAGAAUCCGUGCUAACCUUGUCGAGGCUGUGGAUACAUGCGUACGCGCUGCCGGGUAUGAGUUUAAUACUUAUUGGCAAAAGCAGUUACUCAAGGCAGCUUCCUUUGGGAAAUCCAUUCUAGAACUUUACAACAGCGACGAAUUCGUCGACAUGUGUGAGAAACUCCGGAUCUUGAAUGCUGUCCGUGAUUAUAAGAUUGGCCUACCAAUUUCGUACGAGCAGUACAUGCGGCUUACUCCCGAAAAGCUCAUCGAACGCCUGAUAAACCGCCGUGAAUAUCUUCUGGCUAUUCGUGUCUCGGAAUAUCUACACCUUCCUGCGGACAAGAUCUUCGUUCACUGGGCAAUUCAGAAAGUCAGAUCAUCCACUGAAGACGAUGACACAAUUUGCCAGAUAGUUGUACAGAGACUUCAAGGAAAGCAAGGAAUAUCCUUUGAGUCCAUUGCUCGAUCAGCUCAUGAGGAAGGCAGGUCGCAUUUGGCAACGCAGCUGCUAAACCAUGAACCGCGUGCUGGGAAACAAGUUCCACUUCUUCUCAGCAUGGAAGAAGACACUCUCGCACUCGACAAGGCAACUGAGAGCGGAGACACAGACCUUAUCCUGUUUGUCCUUCUUCAGCUUAAACGCAAACUGCCUCUAGCUACCUUUUUCCGGACAUUAAAUAACCGACCGGUAGCUUCAGCGCUGGUUGAGGCGUCCGCAAGGCAUCAAGACGAAGAGUUAUUAAAAGAUCUGUAUUACCAGGAUGACAGGGUGAUUGACGGGUCGAACAUCCAUCUUAAAGAUGCCUUGAAACAAACGGAUCUACACAAUAAGACUGAAAAACUACGGGUUGCCGCAAGGCUGCUAUCAGAUUCCAAAGACACAGCCGUCCAGGCACAACUCAAAUCAUUGAAUGAUGCAGCAUACCUCCUAAAAAUCCAGGAUGGGCUGGAUAAAGACCUUGCAGAUAAUAAUGAUUUGUUUACGGGUCUGAGUGUUAACGAAACCAUCUACAGAUUAAUUCGUUCUGGAUAUGGAAAACGAGCCAUUAAAAUCCAAAACGAUUUCAAGGUGCCAGAAAAGACAUACUGGUGGUUGCGCUUGAGAGGUCUUGUUGCGAAAAGAGAUUGGGGUGAACUAGAGGAUUUAAGCAAGACCAGAAAGUCCCCAAUCGGAUGGGAGCCCUUUUACAACGAAAUUCUCUGGGCAGGAAACACAAAGCUUGCAUCCGUGUUCAUCCCCAAGUGCGUAUCGUUGACAGUGUCUGAACGGAUCGAGAUGUGGAUGAAGUGCGGCAUGGUGACGAGGGCGGGCGAAGAGGCUCUGAAGGCAAAGGACCUGAAGGCUCUCGAAAACCUUAGAGUCCGCAUUACCGGCAAUUCUGUGCUAGAAAUUGACCGCAUGAUCAACCAAUUGAGGCCAAAGAGAUGA